GCCGCCCGCUUCGGCAACAACAUGGGGCCGGGAGCGAGACCGCCGAUCCGGGCCCGGGGGGCAGCUCCCGCUGGGUGGGCCUGAGGCCCCUAGGGCUGGGCCCUCGAGGGCAAGGGCGGGGCCGCGGGGGAAGAUGACCAUCUGCAGCAAGCCCCCUAACAAGACAGCUCCUGAAAAAAACAUCUGGACAGCUUCUGAGAAGGCAAACCAACCGUCCCUUGAGGCGUCCACCCAGCCCUCCCGGAGAAAUGGCUGGAGCUGGCCUCCACACCCCUUGCAAAUCAUCGCGUGGCUGCUGUAUCUCUUCUUUGCUCUGAUUGGCUUUGGGAUCCUCGUGCCUCUCCUGCCCCACCACUGGGUGCCCGCCGGCUACAUCUGUAUGAGCAUAGUCUUCUUCUGCCAUCUUGUCAUCCAUCUGACCGCAGUCUCCAUUGACCCUGCAGAUGUCAACGUCAGAGAAAAGAGCUACCUGGGGCCCCUGCCCAUCUUCAACCGCAACGAGCAUGCCCACGUCAUCGAGAACCUACACUGCAACCUGUGUGACGUGGACGUGAGCACACGCUCGAAGCACUGCAGCACCUGCAACAAGUGUGUGUGCGGCUUUGACCACCACUGCAAAUGGCUGAACAACUGUGUGGGCGAGAGGAACUACUGGCUUUUCCUGAACAGCGUGGUGUCGGCUCUGCUGGGCGUCCUACUCCUGCUGCUCAUCGCCUUCUACGUCUUCGUGGAGUUUUUCGUCAACCCCAUGCGUUUGCGGACCAACAAACACUUUGAAGUCCUGAAGAAUCACACGGAUGUCUGGUUUGUGUUCCUGCCUGCGGCCCCCGUAGAAACCCAGGCACCUGCCAUCCUGGCCCUCGCUGCCCUGCUCAUUCUGUUGGGUCUCCUGUCAGUGGUGCUGCUGGGCCAUCUGCUCUGCUUCCACAUCUAUCUCAUGUGGAACAAGCUCACUACCUAUGAGUAUAUCGUGCAGCAGCGUCCCACGCAGGAGGUGAAGGAGGCUGACAAAGAUCUGGAGCCUUGUCCCCCCCAAACGCAACCCAUUCAGGAGAUGGAAUUCUACGUCCAGAGGCUUGACUUCCCUGCUUCUGAGUGGCAGUUGGAGGAAACCUCUUUUGGAGCUCCUAGGACAUCAGAAACAGACCUCUCCAGGUUAUUCAUCAACAAUGUCAAUGCCGAGCUGGAGCUGCCCUCCUCACCGGAGACCUCCGUGCUGCCCCCCACGUCCCAGCCUCAGAAGAAGAAGAAAAAGAGGAAAAAGACACCAGCCUCCGUAACAAGUAACAGAUCCGGGAGCCGGGACCAACCUAUGCUACCAGAUCCUUCUCCUGAGCACUCCUCGGCAGCCAGCCUCUCCAGCUCUUCCUCCUGCUCUUCUUCCCCCAGCCUCCGCCUGCCAGUGCCUGCAUACCUUGCCCCUGCCUCCCGGCCCCCCGAUCCUGUCAGCCCCAUUCAGGCCACUGGCCCCCCAGCUGACUACCACUCUGAAUCGGCUGAGUCCAUGGAAGAGAUCCCCGUGGCCCAGACCCGCCUAGGUAGUGCAACCCUAGAUGAGGGUGGCCAAGUAACUUCCUGCCAGGACUUGGCUAUCUCCCACCCUGAGCCCCACCAUCACCUCUCGCUCCCAACCCCGACUCAGGGGAGGCACCUGUGGAGGAACGGGUCUGGCGAGCAGCUGCUGGAGCUCGGCAGCAAGGCGCCUACUGUGUUCGUCAGCCAGAGCAGUGGGGAUCCCCCUGUCUCCAAUGGGGGGGAUGGACCCUCCUGCCAUCUUGGCCCUGGGGAGCAAGAAUGUCCCGAGCUGGACCUGGCUUAGGUCUGGCCCUGGGCCCGGAUGAUCCUGGGCCUGGCAAGGCCUAGGGCCUCCAUGUAUCUUGACUUGGCUUGGACUCCAGGGCUCAGCCGGACCUACCCCCAUCAUGGCUGCAAGUGCCCUGGGUGGGAGCCGGCAGGGAGAGGCUCAGUCUGGCCCCAGGCGGCCGCCCCACCCUCAAACCACGUGGCCACUGCACAGGCCAUGGGCGGGGGCGGGUGGGGUGGCGUCAAGAACUCCUGGGGAGGCUGGCUUCCCCUGCUGCUCAGAAGAUCAGAUGGGGGCCAGCUGCCCCUCCACGCCCGUGGCCACCUUUCGCUCCUGCUGGCGGAAGGCUUCAGGGUCGUAGAGCCCCGAACAGGGGUCCAGCAGGGAAGGAGGGCAGAAGCGGGAGGAGAGCCUUCCCUGGGCCGAGGAUGGCAUCUCACUGCCUCCUCAGUGGGGCGUGGUGCCAAGGAAGCAGAGGGAGUGCUGCGGCACCAGGCCCAGUGCCAUUGAGUGAGUCAGAGCUGUGUGUGUCCAUCCAGCAGCCCCUUGCCCGCUCCUUGCCCCUCUGCCCAGAUCUAUGCAAAGCACAUCUCAGACUCACAGCUACCCUGAGCCUCAGAACCUAAAGCAGCCAAUUCCCAAGCCCUGCCCCUGCUUUCCGGCUACCCCAGUCCUUGCCCCAUCUCUUUCCUGACUAUGCAUGGGGCCUAGCUCCUGGGUCCUGCCUUUCCCCAAAUGAGCACAAGUGGCCUGGUGUAUGGAAGCUCCAAUGCCAUCCCUCAAGGGGCCAGAGGGAGAAGAAUCUGUCCGACCGGGGCUUUGGCAGCUGAGUGAUAUGGGGUUUGGGACCAUGGGCGGGCAGGCAGGCUGAGCCAGCCCGGAAAGCCAGACCCCAGGAUGCAGUGAAGAAGCCCUGGCCGUCACAUGCCUCCCCUCGUCCUCACCAUCCCCUCUCCCCGGGCCAGCACCUUAGACCAGCACUGAGUUCACUUUAGGAGCACUCCUCCACACUCCCCCAAGACUCAGUCUCUUGGAAAGCAAGGAGGUCUCUAGAAGCUUUGGAUAUGGUGGGGGUGCACAGUCAGGGAAAUGAAGGCCCCGGGGUUCAUCAGAUCUCCUGGCCUGGAUCCAGUGGCUUGAUAACUAAUGAUGCAGCAAAAGCAGCAGCAAUACCCCCCCACCACUACCCAUGGGCCUGGUAGAUGAAGCCGCAAAUAUAGAUUUUAUAUCCUUUGCUAA